AUGGCCAUAUCUGCCAAUCGCUCCUUGGCCAUACGGCCCAUCGCCCUUGGCUUGGGCAAACUGUUUAUGCUUUCUCUCUCUCACCUUUCCUUCGUUUCUGCUGCUCCCGCAUCUCAUUUCCUUUCUCGCCGCGGUCACACCGAAGCCGAACCGCAUCCGCUACCGGCGGACGAUGCCAGCCUAUGGCUAUAUCUAGGAGUUGCUGCGGCCCUUGUGCUGACUGGAGGCGCCUUCGCCGGCCUGACAAUUGCUCUGAUGGGUCAGGAUGAGGUAUACCUACAAGUGAUCCAAACGUCAGGCGAUAGUCCCUCCGAACGGAAGAAUGCUGCCAGUGUUCUGCGUCUUCUAAAGCGCGGAAAGCAUUGGGUUCUUGUCACGCUUCUUCUGAGCAAUGUUAUCACCAACGAGACGCUUCCUAUUAUCCUUGAUCGUUCCCUCGGCGGCGGGUGGCCAGCUGUGCUCGGCAGUACAGUCUUGAUUGUUAUCUUCGGCGAAAUCGUUCCUCAGUCAAUAUGUGUCCGUUACGGUCUCCCUAUCGGUGCUUGGAUGGCUCCCUGUGUCCUGGCCUUGAUGUAUAUCAUGGCUCCUGUUGCUUGGCCGGUUGCGAAAUUGCUCGACAGACUGCUUGGUGAGGAUCACGGGACGAUAUACAAGAAAGCGGGGUUGAAGACUCUUGUGACUCUCCACAAGACCUUGGGAGAGGCAGGCGAACAACUUAAUUCCGAUGAGGUCACAAUCAUCAGUGCGGUGCUUGAUCUCAAAGAGAAGUCCGUUGGUAGCAUCAUGACUCCAAUGGAUGAUGUUUUUACCAUGUCGGCCGAUACCAUUUUGGAUGAGCCAACCAUGGAUCUCAUCCUCUCUCAAGGCUAUUCCCGAAUCCCGAUUCACGCUCCCGAAAACCCGAGAAACUUCAUCGGCAUGCUCCUAGUCAAGAUGCUGAUUACUUACGACCCGGAGGACUGUAAACCGGUGCGGGAUUUUGCCUUGGCAACCCUACCUGAAACACGGCCCGAAACGAGCUGUUUGGAUAUCGUGAACUUCUUCCAGGAGGGGAAGUCGCAUAUGGUUAUGGUUUCGGAAUAUCCUGGUGAGGAUCGUGGCGCUCUGGGUGUGGUGACUCUGGAAGAUGUGAUUGAGGAGCUUAUCGGCGAGGAAAUCAUUGAUGAGUCGGAUGUUUUUGUGGAUGUUCACAAGGCGAUCCGGCGUAUGGCCCCUGCACCUUAUUCCCGCGUUCCUAAGGGCCGGUUCGUAGAAGAACCCCCUACUCUUCCCACGCCAGGCCCUUUGGUGGAUGUGGGCACCAACUCUCCAGCUAUAACCGGCCAUACUAUCACCCGGCGUCGAAGCUCUAUAGAAGCUCCUCUUCCUCGCUUCCAACUUCGCCGAUCCAUGGGAGAUGACGCUGGGGAUGCUACUAUCACGCGCCUUGGGGCAACUGAUGAGAUCCGCGAGCACCUGAAACAUUUAGGUCCCUCGAACUUGGCCAGCAGACCUCGCCAAACGCGGUACCAAAACGUGAAAAUCAAGCGCGGUACAUCUCCUUCCCGCUCAGGACAGACGGACAUCGACUCCAUGGUGGAAUCUCACACUAGACGCCACUCAUCGGGAUUCCCUGCUGCAUUUGAUACGACUCCAGUGACAACGUCCGGAUUUAACCCACGAGAUGGUGCACAUGCUCUACGAAUGGGCAACACUAAUCUACAGUCUCCGGACUCCGGUUUCAGAAACGGUGCGCAUGUGUCAAUACCCGAGCCAGUCCGUGAGGAGCAAGAUAGCGCUCCCCGCUCUGCUGGUAGUUGGCGGGCCAAAUCCGCAGAGUCGCUCUCGCCCGACGACCUUCCCGGCAGCUACAUUCAUCGUGGGCCUGUACGCAGUGGCAGCAUUACGGAACACAUAGUCGACGUGAAUGGAAUUCGAAAAGUCGUCCUUCACACAACCAGCAGCAACAGCUCCUCGGAAGGAGAGGGCCCUAAUUUCCCAGUCCGACAGGGAAGUGAGGUUAUCGAUCUUAACGAAACAGACGAGGACCACACAGACCGAUCUAAGAAGAAACGCCGUCGCCGGAGACACAAAUCCGGAUCAAAACACAAAAUUGACGGCAAUAAUCGGGACGAGGCAACCCCCUUACUACCUUAA